AUGGCGAUGCAAAUUUUCCAGAGAGAGGAGCACUGCAAAAGAAUCUCCAAGUGGAAAGCUCGCAAUGCUAAGAUUUCUCUGGAAGCCUAUCGCAACUUGAUUGAUUCUCGCAAUUUCUCCGAUCUCUCUAUCAACUAUCUCAAUCAGAUCAUCAGCAUGCACGGUUACAAGAAAAUCCACAAGGCUCCUAAGAAGGUCAUAACAGAGGCCGUGAGCAGCAUCUCCUUUGCAAAUCCAAGCCGUUCCACUCUCAGAGACGAAAUCUCGCCGUCGGUAUCGGCGACAGUCGAGGCCGUCGUCUCUGAUCUGAACGCUCUCAACUGGCAAGAGUGCUCCGUCACCUCCGUCCAAAGCCUGAACUCAACGAUCCACCUGGCGACUAAGGAAAAUUCCAAUGGCGAUAAAUUGAAAGGUCCACCGUCGAAGUGGGCGGCAAAGAGAAAGAAACGCGAUUGA